AUGCCAGAUAUUGGACCAUUUGACUUUGGCUCAAUCGAGAGCGAUGCACUCGAUAGAGAUACAGAGAAACUUAGAAAUAUAUUGUUGGAUAGUAUAAAGGUGUUGGAGAAGAAUGGUAGUAAACAUAUUGAGAUUGUAAAGGAUAUCCUGAUGGAUAUUCAACCAAGUGAGAGAGAUCGCACCGCAAUGGAUGCAUACUUGCAAAAGAUAUCGGCACUUAGCAAUGACGAUGCGUUGGCCAUCUCAAGAAUACUAAGCCACUCACUCAAUCUUGCCAACGUUGCCGAGCAGCAUCAUCUUGUGCGCUCUGUACGUGAGGCCAAUGUCAAUGGUGAAGAGUUGAUGUUCUCUUGCGAGCAUACACUCAAGUCUCUAUUGGCUAAUGGUGUAUCACCUGACGCCAUAUACAAGGCACUCACUGAACAAUCGAUUGAGUUGGUGUUGACAGCUCAUCCAACACAAAUGAUGAGAAGGACAUUGAUCUCCAAGAACAACAAGAUCUCAGAGGCACUACUAGAACUCGAGAAACAAUUGACAGACUAUGAGAGAGCGGAAUGGGAGGAGGAGUUAAAGCGUGAGGUCAGUGGAUCUUGGUUGACGGAUGAGAUUCGUCGUAAGAAGCCAACACCAGAGGAGGAGGCACAGGGUGGUUUCUCAAUCUUGGAGCAGAACCUCUGGCAGACAAUGCCAAGAUUCAUUAGGAUCUUGGACCGCGUCGUCAAGAAGUACACGGGCAAAUCGCUGCCACUGGGCUUUGUCAACAUCCGCUUUGGAUCCUGGUGUGGAGGUGAUCGUGAUGGAAACGAUAACGUCACGGCUGAGGUCACUCAACAGGUGUGCUAUUUCUCCCGCUGGAUCGCUGCCACCCUCUUCUACCGUGACAUUGACGCCCUGCUCUUUGAUCUGUCCAUGGUCAAGAAGACCGACGACCUGGCUAAGGAGGCUGCCGAGGCCAACGAGCGUCGUCACCACAUCAAGUUAAAGUCUAUACUCACACUCUACAAGGAGUUUAGAGAGGGCAUCCCCGAGAAGGAGGCCUACCGUAUUGUGCUCGCUGAGAUCAGAGACAAGAUGUUGCUGACCAAGAAGAAGUAUGAGGACCUCAUCUCUGGUGAGACUCCAUGCCCUGAUGACGUUGUCUACGAGACCACACAAGAGGUCUUGGAUCCAUUGAUCAUGUGCUACAACUCAUUGGUUGCCGUUGGUGCUACCGAGGUUGCCAAUGGUCGUCUGCUUGACAUCAUUCGUCGUCUGAACUGCUUUGGCCUCACACUGUCCAAGCUGGACCUUCGCCAAGAGUCCACUCGUCACACCGAGGUGUUGGAUGCCAUCACCACCUACCUGGGCAUUGGUUCAUACUCUGCAUGGGACGAGGAGAAGAGAGUUGAGUUCCUCGUCAAGGAGCUGGAGGGCAAGCGACCACUGAUUCCCGUCAACUUCCCUUGCUCGGCAAGAGUGCAAGAGGUGAUCAACACCUUCAGAAUGGCAGCCACCCUGCCAAAGGAGUCGCUCGGCGCCUACAUCAUCUCGAUGUGCCAGAAGCCAUCCGAUAUCCUUGCCGUGGAGCUUCUCCAGAAGGAGGUUGGCAACCCCUCACCACAGCGAGUCGUUCCACUCUUUGAAAUGAUUGACGAUCUUGAGCGCGCACCAACGACCAUGGAGGCUCUGUUCAGCAUCCCAUGGUACAUCAAGCGAAUCAAUGGCGCUCAGGAGAUCAUGCUUGGCUACUCAGACAGUGCCAAGGAUGCUGGACGUCUCACCUCUGCAUGGCAGCUGUACAAAUCGCAGUCGAUCCUCUCCAAGCUCUCUGAGAAGCACGGCGUCAAGCUGACCUUGUUCCACGGACGUGGUGGUACGGUUGGCAGAGGAGGCGCCCCCACCUACCUGGCCAUCCAGUCCCAGCCAGGUGGCUCAAUCAAUGGCCGUCUGAGAGUCACCGAGCAGGGUGAGAUGAUUACAGCUCAUUAUGGACAGCCAGGCAUGGCCCUCAGAACACUCGAGGUCUACACAACGGCCACACUGCAACAGACACUCUUGCCACCAGGCCCUCCCAAGGCCAAGUGGGCCGAGAUCAUGGACCACCUCUCUGCAACGUCGAGCAAGAAGUACCGCUCGGUGGUGAGAGAGAACCAGAACUUUGUACGAUACUUUAGAGCCUCGACGCCAGAGCGUGAGUUGGCUCAUCUCAACAUUGGCAGCAGACCACAGAAGCGUAAUAUCAGCGGAGGAAUCGAGUCACUCCGUGCCAUCCCAUGGGUAUUCUCCUUUACCCAGACCAGACUGAUCCUGCCCGCGUGGCUCGGUGUGGCCGACGCCCUCAAGGAGGCCAAGAAGCAGGGUUGGAUGGAGGAUCUGCAGCAGAUGUACAAGGAGUGGCCAUUCUUCUCGACGACGAUCGAUCUUGUGGAGAUGGUUCUCAUGAAGACCGACCCCAACAUUGCCAUGCGCUACAAUGAUCUGCUGGUGCCAUUCGAGUUGCAGCCACUGGGCAAGGAGCUCAUCGACCUCCUGAACGAGACAGUGAGCUCGAUCCUCGCGCUGACCAACCACGAGACACUCCAACAGGAGAACAAACUAUUGCAACACUUUGUAGCAAUUCGUAGAGCCUACAUCGAUCCCAUCAACUACAUUCAAGCAGAGAUCCUCAGACGUUUGAGAUCACAACAUGUUGAUGCAUUGGACCCUAUCCUCGUGGACAUUUUGAUCAUCACAAUCAAUGGUAUUUCCGCUGGCAUGAGGAACACUGGAUAA